AAUCAUACAGAACACAUCCUUGUUUACGAGCAUGUCAAGUAAAUCGCCCGAUGAUGUGUUCGUACGAUUUUACGGUGGAGUUGUACUUUACUCUUUCAAAGGCUUGCUAUGAUUGUCCGUAUAAUAAGACGGAUUGUUCCCGGCCUCACUGUAUCCCAGCUGAUGGCGUGUCACGUGGUAUCAAUGUCGUUAACAGAAUGCUACCAGGACCCGGAAUACAUGUAUGUGAAGGAGACACUGUGAUUGUGAAUGUCAAGAACCACUUAGCAGGGGGUGUGGGAACCAGCAUCCACUGGCAUGGUAUUUUGCAGAAUGGUUCCCAGCAUAUGGACGGUGUUGCUAUGGUGACACAAUGUCCAAUCCCGGAAGGAGCAACAUUUCAGUAUAGAUUCAAAGCUGAAAACGCAGGAACACAUUACUGGCAUGCUCAUUCCGGUCUUCAGAGGUCAGAUGGCGUUUAUGGUGUAUUUGUUGUUCGCCAAGCAAUCGAGUUUGAGUCUCAUCUAGGUCUGUACGACGAGGACUUACCUGAGCAUACCAUGCUUGUAACUGAUUGGUUAGUGGAAUUGAGUAUUAAUACAUUUGCUCAUCUUCAUCAUGCAGGGAGAGAUAGCAACCCAAGGUCCAUGCUCAUUAAUGGAAAAGGAGUAUUUCAUGAAUUUUUCGAUUCCACUUCAAAUACCACUAGUUAUACACCUGUCGAAAUAUUUCACGUGACACAAGGCAAGAGAUACAGGUUUAGAACAAUAAGUAAUGGGAUCCUUAACUGCCCUUUACAAAUUUCCAUUGAUGGACAUACGCUCACAAUGAUAGCAUCUGAUGGCAGUCCAUUUGAGAAGAUUGAGGUCAAUUCGUUUAUCAUUUUUGCUGGAGAGAGGUUUGACUUUGUACUGAAUGCGUCGCAGCCUGUAGGGAAUUACUGGAUCAGGGUCAGAGGUCUUGGUGUCUGUGGUUUCUCAAAGGUCAAACAGGUUGCUAUAUUGCGAUAUGCUGGUGCCCCUGAUGAAGAACCUACCGGAAGUACUACAUGGGAGGACGCAGACAGACCUGGAUUGAAAUUAAAUCCUUGGAACAUGAAAGGUGAUGAAUCAAAUAUUCAAGUUAGUGAGUUGAAGUCGCGCCAGAGUGGAAAAGCUGGGUUGAAAGAGAUCCCUGACAAGAAAUUUUACCUUGCUAUGGAUUUCAACAAGAUUGACAACUAUCAUUUUCAUGAUGCCUCGUUAUAUCCUAUCUUAGCUUUACAAAGAUCUAAACAAUUGUACAUGACUCAGAUUAACCACAUAUCAUUACGACUACCAUCGUCGCCACAACUCUCACAAUAUUCCGACAUAAACCAGAGUGAGUUUUGUGACAGCGAGAGCACGGGAAAAAAUUGCACAGAGGAGUUUUGUGAGUGUGUCUACCGUCUACAUGUACAAUUAUAUGACACGGUUGAGAUAAUUGUUAUUGAUGAAGGUGUCACAUUUAAUGCCAACCACCCAAUGCAUCUACAUGGUCACAAGUUCUACGUCGUUGGCAUGGACAAGCUUGGACAGUCUACUUCAAUUGAGGAAGUUAAACGCCUAGAUGAGAAUGGAAACCUUACUCGUAAUCUUGUUGAUCCCCUUGCCAAAGAUUCGGUCACUGUCCCUGACGGUGGUUAUGUAAUUUUACGUUUCCAUGCAGAUAACCCAGGAUUCUGGUUUUUCCACUGUCAUAUCCAGUUUCAUUUGAAUACUGGAAUGGGUCUUCUCAUUCAAGUUGGGAAUCCAAACGAUAUGCCAAAGAUUCCCAAAAACUUUCAGAAAUGUGGGAAUUGGAAAUAUAGCGGCCCUGAAGAGGAAAAGGAAGAAAGGGAUUGCGUCAGCUCAUCGUCUUGUUAUUUUUCAUCAAUAUAUUCUGUCCUGAUUUUCAUGACUGCCUAUGUUGUCAAGUUCCUUUUCCAAUUGGAUUUUGACCUCGAGUUAUUUGAAUGAAAAGAGUAGCGGUAGUUGUAAAAUUUUGAAUUGUUUUCUGUAUGGAUAUAACAUUCUACUGGUACUAUUGCUUAACAUGUAUUGAAUGUAUUCCAUGUUUAGCUCCAUAUGAAAGUUUAAUAUAGUGGCAUUGCUUUAUUUACAAUCGUUUUUAUUGGUUUCGUUUCAAACGUUAAUAUGACGCACUUCAUAUCGAUUCUUUCAAAUCGUUUUUCUUAAAAAUAGGUUCUUUCUAUCAUACAUACAGAAAUAUGCAGUUGAAUCAAUCAAAAGAAAGGUUGUAAACUUUUUAAACAC